AUGUCGAAAUCCGAACCGAUCGUCAUUGUCGGCGGAGGUGCUUGGGGCCUGUCCACUGCCCUUCAUCUUCGCCAAUCUGGAUACACCGACAUCACCGUCUUUGAGACUGCAGACUCAAUACCAUCUCGAUAUUCAGCAGCCUACGAUAUCAACAAGAUUGUGCGAGCAGAGUACGAAGAAAGUUUCUACACAGAUCUGGCUCUACAAGCGAUACAAGCCUGGAAGGAUCCGCUGUUCGGUCCUUACUAUCACGAAACCGGCUACAUCGUGGCGACCUCCGGUUCUGCACCCGCGAAAGCGAGAAACAGCCUCGAGACUGCCCUUGCAUCCGUCUCCAAGCAUCCAGUUUUUGCUCCAGGUAUUGAAGCUUUGAAUGACGGCGACGAAUUCAAGAAAUACGCCUGGCAGAUCACAGGACCACUGAAAGGAUUCACUGGCUACUUCAAUCGCCUUGCUGGAUAUGCACACUCCGCCAACGCUCUCCAUGGCAUCUUCCUCCAUUGCGCAACCUUGGGCAUCAAGUUCGUGCUUGGGAAGUCUGCCGGCACGGUCUCGGAGCUUGUUUAUGAGGGACAAGGAUCUGCUCGGAGAUGCACUGGCGUACGCACAGCAGACGGAAAGACACAUGCCGCUGCUAGAACGAUAGUCGCAUCAGGUGCCUGGGGCGCCUCGCUAGUCCCAGAGAUGGGUCGCUUCGUGACCGCACGAAGUUGGUCUGUCGCUCAUAUCCAACUCACCGAGCAAGAAUGUGACUACCUUCGAGGUCUUCCUGUAAUCAAUGUUCGCGACCUCGGCUUCUUCUUCGAACCAGAUCCUGCAACGCGUCUGUUCAAGCUUUGUCCCCUUGGUGCUGGCUUUACCAAUACGGAUGAGAUUGGCACAUCUUUACCGCCGAUGGACAGAAUACCUCCACCUCAGGACUUCAUACCCGCAGAAGACGAGAUCAAGCUGCGAAAGCUAGUGGCGGAGACGUUCCCAUGGAUGGCAGAUCGUCCUUUCGUGGAUAAGAAAAUCUGUUGGUUUGCUGAUACAAGCAACUCUGAGUACUGUAUCGAUUUCCUGCCGGACACAAACAACUCUGUCGUCAUCUUAUCUGGCGACUCAGGUCAUGGAUUCAAGAUGAUGCCAAUUUUCGGCAAGUGGGUGGUUGAGCUGUUGGAAAAUGGAAAGCAGAGUAUAAAUAGAUGGCAGUGGAAGACCAAAGACGAGAGAGGUCAAUCGUGGGGGGAUAGUGUCAGUUGGCGCAUUGGCAAGUCGAGAGAGUUGAGCGAUUUGAUCGAUGAAGCAAGAAGAAGAGGGUUGCAAGCUCGCUUGUGA